AUGGCGCGUCGGCACUCAUCGACGCAUCGCUCGGUCGACUGCAUGUCGCGCGUGCGCGGGGUCGACGCGCGCGCGCGCGGUGCUUUGCGCGCGCGUGGCGCGAGCGCGACGACGCGAAUGCGAGUGCGCGCGCGUGGGAUCGAUCGACCGCCGAUCGAGGUGGGAGAGACCCUUCCGGGGGAGGCGUCGGUGGCGUACGUCGACGACGACGGCGCGCUGGUGCGCGCGCGGGCGGGCGAUCUGUGGGCGAAGCGACGGGUGGUGGUCUUCGCGGUGCCGGGGGCGUUCACGCCGACGUGUAGUAAUAAGCACUUACCGGGGUACGUGCGGUUGGCGGAAGAGUUCAGGGCGCGGGGGGUGGACGACGUGAUGUGCGUGAGCGUGAACGACGCAUUCGUGAUGAACGCGUGGGGGGAGACGGCGGGGGCGAGAAAGGCGCGCGUGCGCAUGGUGGCGGAUGGUUCCGCGACGCUCGCGCGGGCGAUGGGAACCGAUCUGGACCUGAGCGAACAAGGGAUGGGGACGAGGAGUCGUCGAUUCGCCAUGAUCGCGUACGACGGCGUGGUGGAGUACCUGGCGAUGGAGAACGGGACCAAAUACGAGACGAGCGGCGCGGAUGAAGUUUUGGAACAUCUGAAAAAGUCUCGUUGA